AUGCAAAACCGGCACUCCUCCCGGGCCUCGCGAACCUCGGGCUUCAUCCCUCUUGGCGGCGGCGGCACCUCGCAGAACGAAAUGGACAACGGAAUCCCCCUCACUGCGGUGCGCAGCAAUGCCUCCACCGGCGCCCGCAAGCCCGUCAUCGGCAACUCGACCAGCUUCGAGUCCUCCCAGACCGCAAACGAAAAAGGUGAAGCACACCAGCGUCAUGCCGGCCGCCGGCGGAAGCAGGGCAACCUCGGCCGCAGCGGCACUGGCGACACGGAAGACGUGAGACUCAACGCCAUGGGCAGGCUCUACGCGAAGAUUGUCGGCUUCUCCGUCAUCACCCGCUACAUGGUCUACGUUGUGCCAGUCGGUAUCCUGCUCGCUGUCCCUCUUGUGGUCAUCGCCCUCAUGGACAAGAAAAGCGACAUUCCCCUCGGAGCCAUCACGAAGAAGAAUGCCAAGGGAGAAGACGAGACGACGGAGGGACCUCCGUUGUUUAAGCUAUUCCUCUGGAUCGAGAUCACCUGGCUGACGCUAUGGGCUGCCAAGAUUGUCGCCUUCUUCAUCCCCAAGAUCUUCAUGUUCUUCUGCGGCAUUGUCAGCCGGGGCGUCCGCAAGUACGCCACCAUCCUCAGCAACCUCACCAUCACGCUGUCGCUUCUCCUCUGGGCCUUGGCAACCUGGAUCACCUUUAUGAAGCUCUUUGAGAAGUCUUUCGACGCCGACAUCCAGUGGGUCGUCAUUCUUCAGCGUAUUUUUGGCGCCCUCUUCGUGUCGUCUGCCCUCUUGCUCGCCGAGAAAGCCAUUGUCCAGCUGAUCAGCGUGUCGUACCACCAACGAUCUUUCGCCAACCGGAUUAAGGCUUCGAAGCGCGAGAUCCACCUGCUCGGCCUCCUCUACGACGCCUCGCGCACCCUCUUCCCCAUGUACUGCCGCGAGUUUGCAGACGAAGACUACGUCAUCAACGAUAGCAUCGAGAUGAUGCUGAGGAAGAAGGCGGGCCGCAAGAAGAAUGGCGCUGCGACGCCCAUGAAGCUCAUUGGUGACGCGGCCCGUUUUGGCGAUAAGGUGACGUCGGCCUUUGGAAACAUUGCGCACGAAAUCACCGGGAAGCAGGUCUUCAAUCCCAACUCGGCCCACUCGAUUGUCCUGGAGGCUCUCGAGAAGCGUGUGCCAUCAGAGGCUCUUGCGCGUCGCAUCUGGAUGUCCUUUGUUCUCGAGGGCAAGGACGCGCUCUAUCUCGAGGACUUUCAGGAGGUCCUCGGGCCGGCGUACAAGGACGAGGCCGAGGAGGCGUUCAACGCCAUCGACAGCGAUAUCAACGGUGACAUCAGCCUGGAUGAGAUGGUGCGAAAGGUGGUGGAGAUGGGCACCGAGCGCAAGGCCAUUGGCGAGGGCAUGAAGGACAUUGGCCAGGCUCUCCGAGUCUUUGACUCGGUCCUGCUCUUUGUCGUCUUCCUUCUGGUCAUUUUCGUCUUCCUCGUCUUCUUCAAGAGCAGCUUCGUGACGACCAUCAUUAGUGCUGGUACCACGUUUCUGUCGCUGUCCUUCGUCUUUGCCGUCACGGCCCAGGAGUUCUUGGGAUCCUGCAUCUUCCUCUUUGUCAAGCACCCCUUCGACGUGGGUGACAGGGUCGAAAUCACCAGCACGCAGAUGAUGGUUGAUAGGAUCUCUCUCCUGUACACUGUCUUUACUCGUCUUGACACCAUGCAGACCGUCCAGAUCCCCAACAUUCAGCUCAACAACCUCUGGAUCGACAAUAUUUCUCGCAGCAAGGCCAUGUCGGAGACGGUUGAGCUCAACGUCUCGUACGACACGUCCUUUGAGGAUAUCGAGCUGCUCCGCACUGAGAUGGAGAAGUUUGUUCGCGCUCCGGAGAACUCUCGCGACUUCCAGCCCGACUUCAGCAUCAGUGUCGGCGGUGUCGGCAACCUGGACAAGAUGCUCCUCUACAUCAGCAUCAAGCACAAGUCUAACUGGCACAAUGACAAGGUGCGCGGCACUCGCCGGUCCAAGUUCAUGUGCGCCCUGGCCAUCGCGCUCAAGAAGGUCCCCAUCUACGGCCCUGGUGGCGGUGCUGAGGCCUUGGGUGGACCGACGAACCCCACGUAUUCCGUCGCUGUUACUGAUCAGUUCGCAUCUGCGGCCCGUGAGGCCGCCUCGAAGGAGAAGGAGGCGGGCCGCAUGGUCCCGACGCAUGUUGGGCAAACCGAGGCGGAGGCCCGCGAGACCGAGCAGCAUGCCGUGACAGAGCUCAACAACCGUCCUUUGAUGGUGGAGACGCAGGGUCUCUGGGACCCCAGCGAGCGUGACGACCGAUCCCCCAGCGGGCACGACGCGUCGGAGGACCCGCGCCGGUCCAGGGACAUCGAGUCUGUCCGCACUGAGCUCCUUAACCGGGCGAGCACUCGCGGCCGUCGCAGGGCUGGCGAGGGCCUGCAGAACCUCACGCCGACUGAUAGCCACGCUGUCAGCCACCACCAUGCCACCAGCCCACGGCUAGAGACGUUCGACGAAGAGGCGCGAACGGGCAUGCCGUCUACCUUUUACGACCUUAACCGCGGGCAGUCUGGCGCCGCUGCGCCCAUGGAGGAGGAUGAGCAGGGACUUCACCCGACCGGCUCUCAACACAUGCCGCACAGGGGCCCGAGCUACCGUGGUCCUUCGCCCAGCCACGGCCAGCGUUAG